AUGGCCGACAACCAGCAACCCAGCGCCGGCGACCAGGCCGCAGAGGCUGUCGGCAAGCUGCACCUAGACGAGGUCACUGGAGAGAUGAUAUCUAAGACCGAGCUCAAGAAGCGCCAGAAGACUCGCGAGAAGGAGGCAGCCAAAAAGGAGAAGCAGGCCGCCAAGGGCCCUGCCCAGACUAGCAAGAAGAGUGCCGAGGCUCAGGAGAAGGAACUCACUCCCAACCAGUACUUUGAGAUCCGUUCCCGCACUGUCAACGAACUUCAUGCCAAGGGAAAGGCGUACCCCCACAAGUUCAACAUCAACUACGACAUCCGAAACUUCGCCACCGAUUUUGCUCACCUUAAGAAUGGUGACUUGGACAAGUCCAAGCCCAUCCAGCUUGCCGGCCGAAUCUACGUUCGUCGCUCUGCUGGUAGCAAGCUUUUCUUCUACGACAUCCGAUCAGAGGGUGCCCGCCUGCAAGUCCUUGCCCAGGCUGAUAACGUCGACCCCGAGUCCCCCAGCUUUGACGAGCAGCACGUGAACCUCCGUCGUGGCGAUGUGAUUGGCGUUCGUGGCUGGCCUACACGUACCAACCCUCAGAAGAAGCAGGGAGAAGGCGACCAGUCUGGCGAGCUGUCGAUUGCCGCCGCCGAAGUCAUCCUACUGUCUCCUUGCCUUCACCAGAUCCCCGAUGACCACUAUGGCUUCAAGAACCCCGAGCAGCGAUUCCGCCACCGAUACCUAGAUCUGAUGAUGAAUGAUAGGGCCCGCAACGUUCUCAUCUCUAGGGCUAAGAUCGAUACUUACAUUCGCCGUUGGUUUGAUGACCGCGACUUUAUUGCUGUCCAGACUCCCAUGCUCAACACCAUUGCUGGUGGUGCCACCGCAAAGCCUUUCAUUACUCACCACAAUGACCUGAACAUGGAUAUGUUCCUUCGUAUUGCCCCUGAGCUAUAUCUGAAGGAACUGGUUGUCGGUGGUUUGAACCGUGUCUACGAGAUUGGCCGUCAGUUCAGGAAUGAGAGCAUGGAUCUUACCCACAACCCUGAAUUCACCACUCUCGAGUUCUAUAUGGCGUACGCCGAUAUGUACGACCUUAUGAAGAUGGCAGAGGAGCUCGUCUCUGGGCUCGUCAAGCAUGUCCACGGUAGCUACGUCACCACCUACCACACUGCCAAGGGAGAGGAGAUCUCCAUCAACUGGGAAGCCCCGUGGAGGCGUAUCGACAUGAUCCCCGCUCUAGAAGAGUGCACCGGAGAGAAAUUCCCUGUUUCGAGCGACCUCCACACAGAAGAGUCUGGCGAGUUUCUCAAGAAGGUGCUCAAAAAGACCGGGGUUGAAUGCAACCCACCCCUGACCAACGCCCGCAUGCUGGAUGCUCUCACCGGCCACUUCCUCGAGGAGCAAUGCACAAACCCAACUUUCAUCUCUGGCCACCCCCAGCUGAUGUCCCCGCUUGCCAAGCAGGACCGUCACAACCCCGGUCUUUGUGAGCGUUUCGAGGUCUUUGUGUGCACGAAGGAGAUUAUCAACGCAUACACCGAGCUGAACGUGGCUGCUGAGCAGCGCCUGCGCUUUGAGGAGCAAUCCCGCCAGAAGGCCCAGGGUGAUGAUGAGGCCCAGGGUAUCGAUGAGACCUUCUGUCGUGCUUUGGAGCACGGUCUGCCGCCUACUGGAGGUUUCGGUAUGGGCAUCGACCGAAUGGCCAUGUUUCUUACCGAUAACUGGAGUAUCCGUGAGGUCCUGGCAUUCCCGACUAUGAAGCCCGAGCAGAACGAGUAG